AUGCAUCGCCUUUCGAGCUUCAAGGACAAGCUGUUGCGGUCUCCAUCCCAGUCCUCAUCCAAGUCCAAGAAGUCCGAGAGCUCUCGUGGACUUUCGUCGAGCACCGCUGGUCCCGCAUCUUACAUCGGCUCAACCAGCUUCAGCGACGCCCCGCCUGCCUACACACCUGUGUACCAACCUGCACCCGGGCCCGUAUCUCUAUACCCACCCUCGGCCGCGCCCGUACCUUCACCAGCACCCGCGGGAGUCUACGGAGGCGUCUCCGAUGGCGACAGAUACGCCAACCUGGCAAAUUUCGACACCAUCCUGCUCAUAGAUGAUUCUGGUUCCAUGGCUGGCAACCUCUGGAGCGAGGCGAAAGACGCCCUGAUAUCCAUCGCCGAGAUUGUCACGACUUACGACGAGGACGGCAUCGACAUGUACUUUUUGAACCACAUGUCUAGAGAGCUACAAGGGGACAAGUCCAAGGCCAAGGGCGGUUACUAUAACGUGACCCGAAAGGACACGAUUGAGAGGAUAUUUAGCCAUGUCCACCCUUCCGGUGCUACCUAUACGGGAAGAAGAUUGGAACAAAUCCUCCUCCCUUACCUGAGAAAGUUUCAAUCAGCCGACGACGUUGAUGACGUCAAGCCCAUCAACCUGAUCGUCAUCACUGACGGCGCACCCUCCGACAACCCUGAGCAGGCAAUCCUGCAGAUUGCCAGAACGCUCGACCAAUAUGCCGCGCCAUCCUAUCAAGUCGGCAUUCAGUUUUUCCAGAUUGGCUCAGAUGGCUACGCCACCAGUGCGCUACAGCAACUAGACGAUGGCUUGAGCCGCCACGGCGUUCGGGAUAUAGUCGACACGGUGUCAUGUCAGUGGGAGGAUGCAGAAAGACACUAUGCCAAGAAGCUCACAGGUGACGCCAUCUUGAAGGUUGUUUUGGGCGCCGUUGACAAGCGACUCGACGAGCAUUCACUCACCAACAAGAAAUAG